AUGUUUGGAAAUGAGCGAGUGAAGCAUCGAAAAAGAAGCGGGCAGCACAUAGUUGAAAACCGAACGAUUGCUUGCCUUGAUGAUUGCACAUGCGAGAAAUCCGAUCAUGAUCCGGUAAUCCGAUGCGAUAGUCUCGGAUUGGAACGAUUCCCCUUGCCCCAUUCCACUCCACUCACAGGAUACAACUUUCUAGCACUGACAUGCAACGAUCUCUCGGCUAUUCCAUCGAUUAGCCUCAUCAAAGCCUCAUUUCCGGAUCUACAAGGAAUCGAUGUUCAAGGAAAUCCAAAACUCAAUUGCACCGAGCUCGAAUUUCUGAAAAGCGAUAUUCCCGUUCUCAGUGAUUGCCAGAAGACCGACGCGCCGAUUCAAUGCGACAAUCUCGAUAAGAAUUGCGACUGGAAGUGUCGAUCUUUGAAAAAAUUGAAGAAGCUUUGGGAGGAGUUCAAGCAGCUUCUCGACAGAAAAGCGAAAGAAUGGGGAGCUGAUGAGACGUACGAAUCCAUCAAAUCCUGGUUUGCCAAGCAAUUCUCCCAAUUUGCGCAAGCCACAGGAAUCGACAAUUAA